CACUCUCUUUAGGAUCGGGUUACGCUACGCCCAGUGUUUAUUAAGCCCGAGACAGUGCGCCGUUAGCCGCGGGACAACGGAUGGUCGCUUUGGACACCAUCAGCCGGAGAACCACGGCUCCAUGCCUUGAAAAAAAGGAUAAAGUGUGAAAAACCCUAUCGAUGGGGAGAAAUCCCAUCCCUCCGGAGGUCUAAAAAUGAUUGAAACAAUGGACACACAGCGCGCCUUACAGGCGGUGGAGCGUCUCCAGGCCAAACUGAAGGAGCGGGGGGAGGUGCCCACUGAGGAGAAGCUCAGUCUGCUCAGGUCGGUGCUACAGAGCCCCCUCUUCCACCAGAUCCUGGCCUUGCAGAAGACCGUGCAGCAGGUUAAAGACCAGGGGAGUGUCUCUCCAGCCUUGCGUGGCGGGAGUGACCUCAGAGAUCACGUGACGACAAUACAACAACAAAACGGCAGCUACGGUUCUCACUCGGACAUUUCCACAGCGGUGCCUACCGUCAAGACACCAUGCCAGGAAUUCAAUCAGAUUAUUCAAACCAUGGCACAAGGGCGCUACGUGGCUCACGUGGACUUAAACAAGCCCGUUUCGGGAGCUGGUUUGGGAUUCAGCGUGGUGGGUCUGAAGAGCGAGAACCGUGGCGAGCUGGGCAUCUUUAUACAGGAGAUUCAAGCGGGGAGUGUUGCUCAUUGCGAUGGCAAGUUAAAAGAAGCCGACCAAAUUCUGGCCAUCAACGGCCAGCCCCUGGACCAGACGGUGACCCACCAGCAGGCCAUCGGCAUCCUGCAGAAGGCGACAGAGAGGGUGCAGCUCAUUGUGGCCCGAGGACCCAUACCUCAACUGUGGCAACAUGUCGAAACCAUAGAGCUGGUCAAUGAUGGGACUGGCCUGGGAUUUGGUAUCGUGGGAGGAAAGACGACUGGUGUUAUUGUGAAGACUAUCCUUCCUGGAGGAAUCGCGGACCAGGAUGGCCGCCUACGGAGCGGAGACCACAUCCUAAGAAUCGGCGAAACUGACCUUUACGGCAUGGGCAGCGAGCAGGUGGCGCAGGUCCUGAGGCAGUGCGGCAACAGAGUGAAGCUGGUCAUCACCAGGGGUCACGUGGACGUAGACAAUCCCUCCGUGUCCGCCUCCACGCCAGUGACGGACCAACAGGAGGAGAAGCAGGUGGUGGAUGAGGGCUAUGAGGACGAAGGGACCGAAGCAUUUGAUGUCAGCCUCACUAAAAACAACCAAGGACUGGGAAUCACGAUUGCCGGUUAUGUUGGGGAUAAAAAUUCAGAGCCAUCUGGGAUUUUUGUCAAGAGCAUCACCAAGGACAGCGCCGUGGAUCAAGAUGGACGGAUUCAUGUGGGAGAUCAAAUAGUGGCUGUGGACGGCGUCAACAUCCAGGGCUACACCAAUCAACAAGCGGUGGAAGUCCUGCGUCACACGGGCCAGGCCGUCCACCUCAAGCUGAUCCGCCGGGGCUUCCGGCCUGAGGAGAUCCCCCCGGCUGUGGCCCCCGUUGUCACCGUCAUGCCGUCACCGUUGGCUGCCGCUGCCUUACUCGACCAGGAAGUGAUAGAGAGGCAGAAGGAAGCAGAACAGGAUGAAAAGCAGACAAUGAGCCAAGGACCUGCUGCUGUAGAUCAGCUGACAGAGGACAGACAAGGGACAAUGCUGACACGUCAUGAAGAGGAGGAACUUGUGAAAAAGUGGCAGGGGAUUCUGGGGGAAAACAAUGAAGUUGUCGUGGCUCAGGUGGAGAAGUUCAGCGAAAGCAGUGGUCUGGGAAUCAGCCUGGAAGCCAGCAGCGGCCAUCACUACAUCCGCUCUGUUUUGCCCGAGGGCCCCGUUGGCCGCUGUGGGACGCUUUUCAGUGGGGACGAACUGGUGGAGGUGAAUGGUAUUUCCCUGAUUGGCGAGACUCACAAGGAGGUGGUCCGGAUCUUGAAGGAGCUUCCCCUCUGUGUGUACAUGACCUGCUGUAGACCCACCCCCCACCACAAGGACGAUUCUUCCAAAGAUGAAGAGUCAGAAAUGUUAUCUGCCAGCUUGAAAUUAAAGAAACCAAACGAUUUAACAAGCGUGCCGCAGUUGGAGGUCGAUACGGCAUUGAAGACAGAAGAGGUGACAGCGGACAAUGCAAACACCGAGACGAUCGGCUCUCCGCUAGCCAUGUGGGAGCUGGAGAUCCAGAAUAUUGAGUUAGAAAAAGGACCUGGAGGACUCGGCUUCAGCAUUCUGGACUACCAGGACCCGUUGGAUCCAGCUAAAACGGUCAUCGUAAUCCGCUCCCUGGUCCCUGAUGGUGUGGCCGAGCAGGAUGGCCGCCUAUUACCGGGCGACCGCCUAAUGUACGUAGACGACACCGACCUAGAAGAUGCCAGCCUGGAGGAUGCUGUCCAAGCACUGAAGGGGGCCAAGCUGGGCAUGGUGCAGAUCGGAGUGUCCAAGCCUUUGCCCGGGAUAAGUGGGAAUUCCUACUCACCAAAGCUAGUAACGUCAUUUGACCUCCGAGAUUCAGACGAUGAAGGGGAGCUGACCGGCGCCGUCCUUUUCCGAGCAGAGCCGGCAUUGGUCGACACUGGUGACGUGGACGAUAAGAUGCUGGAGCGCACAUUUUACGCCGAAGAGGAUACCUUUGAGGUGUCCAUGAUGGCUCUUCACGGUAGUAGCGCUGAUCUGGAUUACCUGAACUCAUCCACACCCAAGUUGACUGCCUCGAAUCGCCUCAACUAUGAACCAUCGUCCCCGACUAUACUAUAUGAUGCUGAUAAGUUCCUGUCAGCCACAAAGGAAACAAUGGAGCCUUCCGACUCCUACAGCCUGUUUAAUGACCUGGAAAGCAGACCUCCUGAAGUCCAGUCAGAAGAGAUGGUUCAGUCCACGCUCACAUUUGUGGACAAGGAGGAGGAAAUCAGAGGAUGUGCAGACGCAGAUGAUGCAGAGGAAGCGCCAAUGUCGGGAAGCAGCUUUGAAAGGACCAUCACGGUUGUCAAGGGCAACUCUAGUCUUGGGAUGACAGUAAGCGCCAUGAAAGAUGGCCUCGGUAUGCUGAUCCGCAGCAUCAUCCACGGCGGCUCCAUCAGCCGCGACGGGCGCCUCGGGGUGGGUGACCUCAUCCUCUCCAUCAACGGGGAGCCCACCGCCAACAUGACCAACGCUCAGGCCCGAGCCAUGCUUCGACGGCACUCCCUCAUUGGGCCAGACAUCGGAUCGGCACCUGAGGAUGAUCUGUGCCCGUUUUAUGUCAUCACGUACGUCCCUGCCGAGUAUCUGGACGAGUACAAGAACAGCCUGGAGCAAACCACAGACAACGUCUUCUCUGAACCACCGCCGCCGGCAGUCUCGGCUCCAAGGGAUGUUCCUAACCUUCCAGAGCGGGAAGAUGGCGAGGGGGAGGAAAGCGUGACUUAUAGCAACUGGAACCAACCUCGACUUGUGGAGCUCUUCAGGCAGCCCGGCAAGUCUCUGGGCAUCAGCAUUGUCGGGGGACGAGGGAUGGGCAGCCGCCUUAGCAACGGCGAGGUGAUGAGGGGCAUUUUUAUCAAGCAUGUCCUGGAGGACAGUCCUGCUGGACACAACGGCACCUUGAAAACUGGGGACAGAAUUGUCGAGGUGGACGGCGUAGACUUGAGAGAUGCCAGUCAUGAGGAGGCAGUGGAGGCCAUACGCAAGGCAGGGAACCCUGUGUCAUUCUUGGUGCAGAGUAUCGUCCAUAAGCCCAGAUGUGCAUCAACGGCGGCGGUAGAGUCCAGCGAGGACAAUGUUGCAUCUGUAACCAAGGACAAAAAGGACAAGGAGGCUGACAGUCACAGUAGACUUGUCCUCCGCCUCUCCCCAACUAACCCUUUUACUCCUACCCCGUUUAAGGUGAAGAAGUGUGAUACAAAAGAUUUCCUCAGCAGCAGCAGCGGUGUCCUCGACCUCCCGGUAGUGCCGCAUGUCGGGGAGACGGACACCGACAUGUUGACGGAGAUUCCGGACUGGCUUUUGGAAGAUGCUGAGAAGGGGAAUGAUGAGGAAGAAGAAGAGGAAGUGGAUGAGUUUGGAUACAGCUGGAAGAAUGUCAUCCAGCGCUACGGCAGCCUACCAGGCGUCCUGCACAUGAUUGAGCUGGAGAAGGGCAAAACAGGUCUGGGCCUCAGCCUGGCGGGCAACAGGGACCGCUCCCGUAUGAGUGUGUUUGUGGUGGGAAUCGACCCGGCGGGAGCGGCCGGGACGGACGGACGCAUGCUUGUCGGGGAUGAGCUACUGGAGAUCAAUGGAGAGGUCCUGUAUGGCCGCAGUCACCAGAACGCAUCAUCCAUUAUCAAAAGUGCCCCAUCUAGGGUUAAAGUCAUCUUUAUCAGGAACACAGAGGCACUAGGGCAGAUGGCGGUGGGCCCGGUGAAAGAAGCCGAGGGAGAUGCAAUGGAGCCCCAGGUGGAGCCAGAAACUGCUGCCAAUGGCAAUGUGGAUGGCGCCGUGACGCUAAAGGAGGAAGAUGAAGAGACCACAGAGGUGAACGUGCAUGAAGAAUACAGUGUUCAGUACAGUGAAGUAUACACAGGAGGCACUGUGAAUGGAGAAACAGAGCUUGGCUCCAAUGUGGAAAUGCUUCAAAACAACCCAGAUGAAGGCCUAUGCAGCAUGAUUUCCGGUAGUCAACAGGAAACGGCAAGGAGUAAUAGCUGCUCAUCGGUUCAAAACCAUCCAGACGAAGGCCUCGCCAGCCAUUCCAGUACGCCUUGUCAACUGGAAACACCCACAAGUGAUAGCCAUUUAUGGCUUCAAAACAACCCAGAAGAAGGCCUCGCCGGUUUAUCCAGCGUCCUCUGUCAACUGGAAACGACUACAAGUGGGUCAGCUUUCCUGCUUCAGGGUCAUAGCCACUCAUCGAUUCAAAACAACCCAGAAGAAGGCCACUCCAGCCUAUCCAGCGUCAACCUUUGUCAACUGGAAACAACCACAGGUCAAAGCCGUUCAUCAACUCCUUCUACACUCGCCUCUGACCCAGCAACAUGCCCCAUCAUCCCAGGCUGCGAAACCACCAUCGACAUUUCCAAAGGGCGGACAGGCUUGGGUCUCAGCAUCGUAGGGGGAUGCGACACCCUGCUGGGGGCCAUUAUCAUCCAUGAGGUGUAUGAAGAAGGUGCAGCCUCCAAGGACGGCAGGCUUUGGGCCGGAGACCAAAUCCUAGAGGUCAACGGCAUCGACCUUCGCGCGGCGAGCCAUGACGACGCCAUCAACGUGCUGCGCCAGACCCCACAAAGGGUCCGGCUGAGUGUGUACAGGGACGAGGCCCAGUACAAAGAGGAGGACUUGUGGGACUCGUUCACCGUUGAGCUGGACAAGAAGCCCGGACAAGGACUGGGACUUAGCAUCGUUGGGAGGAGAUCACGGGACCAAAGGAACGAUACGGGGGUCUUUGUCUCUGACAUUGUCAAAGGAGGUUUGGCGGAAACAGACGGUCGACUCAUGCAAGGUGACCAGAUCUUGACGGUCAACGGCGAAGAUGUCCGCUGCGCCACCCAAGAGGCUGUUGCCGCUCUUCUUAAGUGCUGUGUCGGCUCUCUGAAGAUGGACGUUGGGAGGUUUAAAGCCGGACCCUUCCACUCAGAACGAAGGCUGUCUCAAAGUAGCCAGAUAAGUGAACCAAGCUGCUCCAAGGUGACCUUGGACUCAGGAAAUGACCCAGACAAACGUAGCGGCAGUCAAGAGGAGCAUGAGGAUGACAUGAGAAUGGUGGAGUUCACCAAAGGCCCCAGCGACUCCCUGGGGAUCAGUAUCGCAGGCGGCAUAGGCAGCCCCCUGGGCGACAUACCCAUCUUCAUCGCCAUGAUGAACCCUGUCGGCCUGGCGGCGCAGACCCAAAAACUGAAGGUCGGGGACCGAAUCGUCAGUAUCAGUGGAACCUCUACUGAGGGCAUGAGCCACUCGCAAGCAGUCACACUCCUCAAGAACGCCACAGGGACAAUAAAGCUGCAGGUGGUGGCAGGUGGCGAUAACACUGUGACAGGUCCAGCUCAGGAUCAAGUGGCCGGGGGCCUCACAGCUAGCUGCAUCUUUCAGGAUGACCUCAGCCCACCUCAAUACAAGACCAUCAUUCUGGAGAGAGGACCCGACGGGCUGGGAUUCAGUAUCGUCGGAGGCUACGGCAGCCCCCACGGGGACCUGCCCAUUUACGUGAAGACCGUUUUUGGAAAGGGGGCAGCAGCAGAGGAUGGCCGUCUGAAGCGUGGAGACCAGAUUAUGGCCGUGAACGGGCAAGCACUAGAGGGUGUCACACACGAGGAAGCCGUGGGUAUCCUGAAGAGGACCAAAGGAAGGGUCACGCUCACCGUGCUGUCGUAGUAUUGACAUUCCGCUUAAGUAUUUCCUUGAUGUUAACUGUGAAAUUACUUUUUUUUUUUGAUUAUUUUGGCAUAAAUUGUAUAAACUGAUGACAGAGCGCUGGAGGCCACAAGCCAAUUAGGGAGAUAUUAACUACAAAUGAUUUAUGUAUCAGUGUUAGACCCCAUUCUUACCCAAGUAUUAAUGCAUAAAUGUAAAAGCAGAGUUAUAGAUGGCACGAUAAAAUUAGUAUUUCUUCCUACCUUUGUAUGUGAUGCAAGAACUGUCCGAGCGACAGAAUUGAAUUUAUUCAUGCUGAAUUUGAAUUAAAAAGUGACCUUUUUGAAUUAA